GUUCUUGCCUUGGAGAUCCUUAGAGCCUUCUUGGCUCUUCAGUCCCUGGUGGAUACCUUGCAGAGCUUCUGAGCUCCAGGCACAUGGAUUUGGGAAGUGGUGCAGAGAAUGAGAAGGGGAAGCUGCAGGACAGGAACGAGGAGCUGCAGCAGGUCAGAGACCUGCAGGAGAGGACAGGGAAGCUGGCUGGCUCCAAAUCAAAUCUGUCUGCCAGAGUCAUCCUCGGUGAAGAAGAAAAACUGAAGAUGUCCAAAGACCUCCUUGAUCUCCAGAUUGAGACAAACAAAAUGAAGGAGCAGUAUGAGACAGAGAACUUUGAACUGAAAAAUAAGAUGCUGGCCCUGGAGCAGCGUGUGGAGGAGCUGGAGCUGUCCAGCCAGCAGGUCAGCAGCGAGAGAGAUGCCUUACGGGAACGACUGCAGGCUCUGGAGGGCAGAAGGCAGGAGCUGGCCGACGAGUACAUCACUUUGAAGAGCAAUUACCUGGCCCUAGGCAAACAACUGGACCAAGAGGUGAUGAAGAAUGAAGAGCUCAGCACAGAGCUGCUCAACAUGGCCAAGACCAGGAGUAGCCUUCCCCACACUCAGAGCAACCUCCCCACGGCCAUGGCUGCUGACCCCUCUGGUGAGCUGGGAAGAGCCGGAGCCAGACUGCAGCGUGGCUCUGCUCGAAGGGUGAAGUUGCCUGGAGACCAGGAGCACAUCAAAGUGGAGCUUGAGAAGCUGAAGCAAACCUACAACUGUCAGCAGCAGAAGCUGGAAGAGAGAGUGCUAGUGAUGGAGAAGGAGCUGCAGGAGGCCAAGGCAGCGACUGGUGACAGCCAGCAGAAGCUGGUGGAGCAGUCAGCGGUGCUGCUGAGCUGCCGGAGCCAGCUGCAGGAGGUGGAGGCGGAGAACUCGCGGCUGCAGCUGCGGCUGAAGGAGCUGAGCGAGGACUAUCGCUGCCGCCUGGCGCAGUACCUCAGGGACCUUGCGGCCUACAUGGACAGCAAAGCCAGCAAGGCAGCAGGGCCCAGCAGAGCCCCAGCUGAUGGUGCUGCCAUGAAGAGCUUUGUGGACAACAUGCUGCAAGGCAUCAGAGCUUCCUACAGGGCUCGGGAGGAGCAGCUGGCCAGGGCAGCACGAGGCUACCAGAAACGGAUGAAGACCUUGGUCAAGAAGCAUGAGAACUUGCUGAUUGCUUAUGGGCUCCAGCGAGAGCAGAUCCGUGCCUCGGGCAGCUGCACCAUGGACUGUGGCCCUGCUGAGCUCCACUUCUCCAUCACAGACCCUGAGCUGCUGACAAACACCGCCUGGGAGCUGCAGCGGCUGCGGGAGCAGAAGGCAAAGCUGGAGCUGCAGCUGCAGGAGGUGCAGCAGAGCAGCCCGAAGGAGCCUUCUGCCCUCCCGCUGGCCCCUCAGCAGCUGCUGGCUGAGGAGGUCUGGGCAGAGCUCAGGAAGCAGCUCUUGGAGUUCACACACAACACCCAGGAGGGUUUGGAGCAGGAGAGAAGUCAGCUGCUGGCUCGGGCACUGGUGGCAGAAGAGCAGGUGUCAGAGCUGCAGGCAUACAUAGACCAGCAUCUGGCAAGAUACAAGCAGGAGAUCCUCCAGCUGCAGCAGGCUGCUGGCAGCGCAGGGCCACUCGGGCUCGGUGCUGGGGUGGCCUCCAGGCAGGACAUUCAGCCAAGAGCCAGCAGCCAGGAGCUCUCCACCACGGCUCUGAGGAGCAGCACCUUAGGAAACAGCAGGACUUAGGAUUUAGAUGGAAGGAGCUUUCUGUGCUGUGCACUGGCCCAGGUGAGUGUCCCCUGGGGAGCACAGUGAGUGGACUCACGUAGGUGGCCUUGGUGUCAGCUGCAGUGGACUAAAGUCAGACAGCUGAGUCUCCUCUCCCCUCUGAGCCCUGCAGGACUGUGCUGUUCCCCCAGCACACCUCACCUUGGGACACGGGGCAGCUGCCAGGCCAGGGGGCUACAGGAGCAGGUUCCUGUUCCUGGUCCAAGCCAGAAGCAAGCUCAGGGCCUAGCUCUGCUCCUGCUUUUGUUUCCUUCUCAGCUUCUAGGAGGUAAGGCCAGGGCUGGUUCAUGCCAAACUGUGGUCUAAAGGAUGAGCUGCUCUUUCAUGGCAGGGAAAGGUUCUUCCUCUGUUCAGAUGGAAGAGGGAAUGGUCUGUAAGGUGAGCAGGGCCAAAAUGAUCCUUCAGCAGGAGCUGAGCUGGACAAAGUCCCUCCUGAGCUGGACAAACUCUUUCCUGAGCCACCUCCAAAAGGAUGAUGGAGCAAAGCAAAGUCAUGGCUGCCCUGGCUCCAGGAGCACCCUGCAGCUCCAAGGCAAAGCCAAAUCCCCAGGGAAGGACCAAGCAGAUGUUUUGUUUGGAAAAAUUCACUGGAAAUAAAGCAGUAAAGGUUCAGAAAGA